AUGGAAACACUGAGACAGGAAAGCCUACCCCUGGACCCCAGGCGUGGAAGGGGUUUGACAGAGCCAGGAAUAGGAGGGGGGAAGGGUGACGGGCGGGCGGAUUGGGAUGAAGACGGGGGGAGGAGAAGAGGGGGAAGAGGGGCGUCUGGGGGGGGGCUUCCGCCUGUUGGGGGGGGAGCUUCCCCUGGUCUUCCCCCUGGCCUUCCCCCCCUUGCUGGGGGCGCUUCUCCUGGUCUUCCGCCCGUUUUUCCUGGUAGGAGCUCUUCUGUGGCUAGCGAGGAGUCUUAUGACGGGGAUGAGAGAGUGAGGGGGAACAGGAGGCGGUCGUUUACAGAGGAGGAGAGGCAGAGGGGUGGAGGUGGAAGGGGAGGGGAGAGAGGAGAGAGGGCAGAGAGGGGGGGAAGGCUGCCUAGGCAAGCGAGUGAGGGAGGUGCUAUGCUGAGAAGGUAUGAAGAGGAGGAGGCGGAAGAGAGGAGACAUAGGAUGAGCCGGCAAAGCAGUUUUGAGAAACGGGAGAGGGAGGAGGGGAGGGGUGAGAGGAAGGUUCGGGGAGAGAGGGAUGAUGGAAGAGUGGAGCGUAGGGGGGAAAGGGACGAAGUAAAAGGGGCUAGAAUCCCGCGUGUGCCCCGUCAAUCGAGUGUAGAUGGCAGUGGGGGCGCGGAGAGGGAGAGGGAUGAAAGGCGGGGGGAUAGAAUCCCGCGUGUCCCUCGACAAGGGAGUGUAGAUGGUGGGCGGCCGGACAGGGAUAGGGAGGAGAGGCGGGGAGGGGAUAGGAUUCCGCGGGUUCCCAGGCAGGGUAGUGUGGAUGGUGGGGGAUGGGAGAGAGAGAGGGAGGAGAGGAGAGGGGGGGCUGUGGAGAGGAAAUACGUGGGGCAGGGGCAGGGGCAGUCACACCCUUCUCACUCCCCUCUGGCGCGAUCGCAAUCGCAGUCGCUGCAGCAGUAUCACCUGCAGCAGCAGCCGCACCGGGCGCCCUUACCGAGACGUGCUUCUGUUGAGAGUGACCCUCAUUCCCCUCACCGCUCCUCUGGGAGUGUCGGGAGUCCGCAUAGCCCUGGCGCAUCUGCUUCUGCUGCUGGUGGUGGUGGUGCUGCUGGUGGUGGUGGGGGUGCUGCUGGUGCGGGCAGCGCAGGUGCAGACAAGAAAAUCUCCCGCCUCUCCUCGCUUUCCGCGGAGGACCUGAACGCGUUGGGGGCAGUGGAGGGGGACGCAGCAUGCACAGUGGAGGAAAUCCAGUCCUCCUUUUUCAAGUCCAGCAAGAAGGGCGGGCUGCUAGGGUUUGCUAAAAGGGGCCUGGCUCAGAUGAAAAGAGGGUUCUUUGGGAGUGGGGGCGGGAGCGUGCUUGGACGGGAGUUUGGGCGGCUGGACAAGAAGUAUGUGAUGAGUGAGAAGGAGCUUGGGGCGGGGCAGUUUGGAGUGACGCGCGUGGUGCAGUGCAAGCAGACCGGGCGGCAGCUGGCCUGCAAGUCGAUCAAUAAGGGCGACCUGAAGAGCAAGGCGGAUGUGGAUGCAGUGAAGAGGGAGGUGAUGGUGCAUGAGGUGCUGGGAGGGCAUGCCAACGUGGCAAAGCUGGAAGAUGUGUUCGAGGACGAGGAGGCGGUGCAUCUGGUGAUGGAGCUGUGCCAUGGGGGUGAGCUGUUCGAUCGCAUCAAGGAGAGACGGCGCCUGGACGAGAGGGACGCUCAAGGCAUCAUGCAGCAGGUGCUGUCUGUGCUAGCACACUGCCACCAGCACGGCAUCGUGCAUCGCGACAUCAAGCCCGAAAACAUUCUCCUCAAGUCACAGCAGUCCCUCUCUGACUGCCGGGAGCCCGAAAACAUUCUCCUCAAGUCACAGCAGUCCCUCUCUGACUGCCGGGAGCCCGAAAACAUUCUCGUCAAGUCACAGCAGUCGCUCUCCGACUGCCGGGUCAUGGACUUCGGCAUCGCUGCCAUCGUGAAACCAGCCCCUGACUGGGUUCAUGGGAUCAUCGUAUUAUGUGGCACCGGAGGUGGUGGAUGGCAGCUACUCCUUCCUUGCGGACAUCUGGAGUGCGGGGGUCGUGCUCUAUGUCACUCGCUCUCUCUGAUUCAUGUCACCACUCCCCACCACUCCUCACCACUCUCUGCCACUCCCCACCACUCCUCACCGCGCUCCACCGCUCUCAACUCCCCAUCACCAGGCGCCAAGCCCCUGACGGAGUUCAUGGGAUCACCAUACUACGUGGCACCAGAGGUGGUGGAGGGCAGCUACUCCUUCCCUGCUGACAUCUGGAGCGCGGGGGUCGUGCUCUAUGUCAUGCUGGCGGGAGUGCCGCCGUUUUGGGCGCGCACCGAAGCCGGAGUGAUCAAAGCUAUAAAGGAAGCCAAGGCGAGCUACAGAGGGGACGCGUGGCGCGGCGUGAGCGCGGAGGCAGUGGAUCUGUUAAAGAAGAUGCUUGUGAGGGAUACUAAAAAGAGGCUCACGGCACAAGGGGCUCUUGGAGCCUCGGGCAUCUGUCCCGCCAACCUUUUCGCUGUAGUUCCGUCCUGUCCCCUCGCUACUGUCACAAUGGUGAAGUUCCUGAAGCCGAACAAGGUGGUGGUGGUGCUGCAGGGCCGCUAUGCCGGCCGCAAGGCAGUGAUCGUUAAGAACUUCGACGACGGCGUUUCCGGCCGGCAGUACGGCCACGCGCUCGUUGCCGGGAUCUCCAAGUAUCCCCGCAAGGUCACGAAGAAGCUCACGCCCAAGACCCUCGCGAAGCGCUCGCAAGUGAAGGCGUUCAUCAAGCUUGUUAACUAUAACCACCUCAUGCCCACUAGGUACCAGCUGGACGUGGACCUCAAGAGCACGGUGACGGCUGACAAGCUUGAGAGCUCGGCCAAGCGGGUGGAGACCAAGAAGAAAGGUGAGGAGGGGGAAAGUGAAGGCAGGAGAGAGGGGGGAGGAGAAAGCGGGGGUGUUUUGGGGCUGGACACAAGAAUCGGCCAAGCGGUAGAGACCAAGAAUGUGAGCGAGGGGGCGAGCGAAGGGGAGGGGAGGAACGAAGGGGGGGGAAAGAAGAGAGAGGGGAAAGAAGAGAGGGGGGAGGAGCUGAGGGUGGGAGGAGAAAGGGCUGACGGAGAGCAAUACGAUUGGGGAGGGGGGUUGAGAGAGAGAACAGGGGGGAAGACAGAGUGGAUUGAGAGAGGGAGGGAGAGGAAGGCAAAUUUGGGUGAAUGUGCUUGUGUUGACUCUUCCUCCUUCCUUGUCUCCCUCUGCCCAUUCCUCGGCUCGUUUGCCCACCUGCCGGUUUGCCUGUUAUGCCCAUCUGCCUGUACGGCACCACAGGAGCUGAAGAAGAUCUUUGAGGAGCGAUUCAAGACGGGCAAGAACAGAUGGUUCUUCUCCAAGCUCCGCUUUUAA